ACUCCAUCUCCUCUCUCUUUCUCUUUGACUCUUUGACUCUCUCUCUCUCUGUUUCCAAUCCAAAAGGGAUCUUCAAAUGGCAGUUGAUCUAAUCAGGUUCUCCAAGAUCGACGACCGGUCGGCCAUGGAAGAAGCCGCCUCCGCCGGCUUACAGAGCAUGGAGCACCUCAUCCGCGUCUUGUCCGGCCAAGCCCCGUCUCAGAACAACCUCGACUGCCGUGAAAUUACCGACUUCACCGUCGGUAAGUUCAGGCGGUUCAUUUCCGUCUUGAACCGGAUCGGCCACGCCCGCUUCCGCCGUGGACCGGCCAAGCAACCUAGUAAUGAACCCACCACCAUCUCUUCUUCUCCUCCCAACCCGGUCCUACCUAUGCUUCAGAGUCAGCAGACCGAUCUAUCCUUUGAAACCGGAAUUCCCAACACCAGCGCCAAAACAAAGUUGAACACCAAAGACUGCCUCACCUUGUCUCCUCCCAUGUCCACUACCUCGUCGUUUCUAUCUUCCGUCACCACCGGAGACGGCAGCGUCUCCAACGGGAAAGUUUUCUCUUCAUCUGCCGUCCCCCCGGCGCCGGCCUUCUCCUCCGGCAAACCCCCGCUCUCUCAAUCCCACCGAAAACGCUGCCACGACGAGCUCGCAACGAAGUCAACCUCCUCCGGCGGAUGUCACUGUUCUAAAAGAAGAAAAACCAAAGUGAAGAGGACAGUCCGAGUGCCGGCGAUUAGUGCGAAAAUCGCCGAUAUACCAUCAGACGAGUUUUCAUGGCGAAAGUACGGCCAAAAGCCGAUCAAGGGCUCACCUUACCCACGAGGCUAUUAUAAGUGUAGUACAGUGCGAGGGUGUCCAGCCAGGAAACACGUGGAGAGAGCACAGGACGACCCCACCAUGCUUAUCGUUACGUACGAAGCCGAGCACCGUCACCCUCACCCUCACCAGCAGGCUAGUUCGGUCCCGGCUGGUGUCGUUGGUCUCGUGCUUCAAUCUGCUUGAUAGAGGAAACACAGCUACGACGAUCGUGACCGUUAAAAAUGCCCCGUGACAAUGGAGGCUGUGUGACCACAGGUUAUGUUAAAAGCUCUCUGACAAGGUCAAACAAAGAAAGAUAUCAAUGUCAGAAGUUGACGGUGUAAUUGAGAAGUGGGAGGGGUACGAUGUGUAAAUUACGAAAGAAAGAAGGGUGGAAUAUAAUUUUUGUGGAUCUCGAAUAUUAAAUUUAAUUCAUUCUUAUUUCUAUGAUA